GCCAUGAAGUAUAUUCUUGUCUCUGGUGGUGUCGUUAGCGGGAUCGGGAAGGGUGUUAUUGCAUCCUCGACCGGUCUUUUGCUCAAGAUGACAGGUCUGAAGGUCACCGCCAUUAAGAUCGACCCGUAUAUGAAUGUGGAUGCAGGCACGAUGAGACCGACUGAACACGGCGAGGUGUAUGUCUUGAACGAUGGCGGAGAGGUUGAUUUAGAUUUGGGCAAUUAUGAGAGGUAUCUUAACGUGACGCUGUCGAGGGACAACAAUAUUACGACGGGAAAGAUUUACCAACAGGUUAUCGAGCGGGAGCGAAGGGGAGACUACCUGGGCAAGACCGUCCAGAUCGUGCCACACGUCACGAACGCAAUCCAAGACUGGAUCGAACGAGUCUCCAAAGUCCCCGUUGAUGACACUGGAGAAGAGCCAGACGUUUGCAUCGUCGAGCUUGGGGGUACUGUCGGUGACAUUGAAUCCGCCCCAUUCGUCGAAGCCAUGCGUCAAUUCCAAUUCAGAGUCGGCCACGAAAACUUCGCACUCAUUCAUGUCUCGCUCGUCCCCGACAUGCACGGCGAACAAAAGACAAAACCGACUCAGACGACCAUCCAUGCCCUGCGUGGCCUCGGCUUAUCCGCCGAUCUCAUAGCAUGCCGAUUGAUCAUCCCGCAACCCCUUGAGAACGCAACGAAGGAGAAAAUCUCCAUGUUCUGCCAUGUAUCGACAGAACAGGUUGUUGGCGUGCACGAUGUCUCGUCGGUCUACCAUGUCCCAUUACUUCUUCAAUCUCAGGGCAUAGUCGGGUUCCUCCAGAGGCGGUUGAACCUCACCAGUAUCCCGUAUACCCCUGCUAUGAAACAGAGGGGUUCCGACCUGGAGAGCAGAUGGCGGGCAUUGACGGGAGAUCAGGAAAGGUUAUUCGACAGGGUAUCCAUCGUAUUGGUGGGAAAGUAUACGGACUUGAAGGACUCCUACAUGUCCGUCACAAAAGCUCUCGAGCACUCGGCAUUCCGUUGCCACCAAAAACUCGUCCUCCAGUGGGUCGAGUCCUCAGACCUGGAGCCGCAAACACAAGAAACUGACCCAGGCAAGUACCACGACGCGUGGAAGACGAUCGUUGGUGCUCGGGGCAUCCUCGUACCAGGCGGUUUCGGUCAACGAGGAACAGACGGCAUGAUUCUCGCGAUCAAGUGGGCCAGGGAACAAAAGAUUCCCUUCUUGGGCAUUUGCCUUGGCUUCCAACUUGCCGUUGUUGAAUGGGCUCGUCAUGUGCUCAAUAUACCAGGUGCCGGCUCGACCGAGUUCGACUCUGAGCUGAAGGACGACGUCAUCAUCUUCAUGCCCGAAAUCUCGCGUACCCAUAUGGGUGGCACCAUGCGUCUUGGUCUCCGCCCGACCGUCUUCCAACCCAAUACUGACCACACUAAGAUCAGAAGGUUGUACGCAGGGUCUGGCAAGAUCUGGGAGAGGCACAGGCAUCGGUAUGAGGUCAACCCGAAGUUUGUGGACAGGUUGAGUGAGAGUGGAUUGGAUUUCGUGGGGAAGGACGAGAAAGGGGAGAGGAUGCAGAUUUUGGAGCUGUCCGAUCACCCCUUCUUUGUCGGUUUGCAAGCCCAUCCGGAAUUCUGCACCCGCCCUCUGAACCCCUCACCUCCCUUCCUCGGGUUCGUCGCCGCGUCGUGUGGCGUUUCCAUCCUGGAAGCACAGAUAGAGUCUCAGUUGAAGACUUUUAAGCCUCCUCAUCCGGAGGAGUCUAUGGUGGCUGAGAGUGAGCUUGUGAAUGGUGUAGUGGAAGAGACGUCGAUCACAGAAGGGAGGGAGAGGGCAUUGAAAGCAUCGGACGGCCGUUAGAUUCCUAGACAAAACUUGCGAAGUGGCAGGAGUAUAAGUGUUUUACUUAGAUUUCUAUGUUCGUUAUGUUAUUUAUCGUACUUGUUUGUGAUCUUAGUACUACCGCAUGUUGUUUCCACCAUCCUCAGAUUGUUGUUGAAGUACUUACAAAUAAUAUAUAGUAGUCCCACGGCGACGCCGGGUUCCGCCGAG